ACUGUGAGGUUGGGAUGUACAUCGCGACCUCUCUGUAGCCGGGACUGGCGAACGAGAUAAAGUGCAAUUGAACAACGUGAAAUCUUCUAUCAAAGUGCUGUUACUAGGAUCUGUGAUACCUGCCUGCCACAUGCAAUACCGUGAACUACAGGUGGCGAUGCCUUCCCCAGGAGCAAUGUCGUCAGCGCUGCGCCCGAGCCCUCCUACGCCCACGCACCCUGUGGCUCCCACGCCCACGGCCUCCUGACGCUUUCGUCGCCCACCAGGAACACGCCCCGCCCACGCCACAGGCCCCCACGGCGUGGCAUCUCCCACUCGCCCCGCCCACGCUACUGGCCCUCACGGCGUGGCAUCUCCCACUCGGCCCCGCCCACGCCCUCGGAGUCAUGGGCUCUCCUCGCGCCCACACCACGGCAGUCUCAUCAUGACCCCCCCGCCCACUCCACGACGGGCCCGCCCUCCACGCCCCCGCCCCUCUGUGUGGCGCCGCUCUCCCGCCCGCCCGCAGCGCCCUCCCGCAGCCCUCGCCCGACCGCGUGGACUCGUGCCCGCCCGCCAAGCGCCUCCGCGUGUCCCCCCCCCCACGACAAGGAGAACCCGCUCCGCCACUCCCCCAACGGCCAGACUCCGGAGUCGUCCUCGGCGCCGUCGCCGUCGGCCUCCUUCUCGGGGCUGCUUCAGGAGAUGGGCGUCAUGCCCCUCAAGGAGGAGCAGAUCUCGGACGACUCGGUGGCCGAGGACGACGACGACGACGACGACGACGGCGACGCGAGCCAAGAGCGCGAUUCGGACAAGAAGUCGGAGUGCGGCGAGAGUCGGCGGCGCAAGGGCGGCUCGGGGCGCGCGGGCGGGCUGCGCGGGCGCGCGAGGAGCCCGCAGCACAUCGCCAAGAUCCGCCGCAACCGCCGCAUGAAGGCCAACGACCGCGAGCGGCACCGCAUGCACAUGCUGAACAACGCCCUGGAGCGCCUGCGCACCGUGCUGCCCACGGCGCCCGACGACACCAAGCUCACCAAGAUCGAGACGCUGCGCUUCGCCCACAACUACAUCUGGGCGCUCAGUGAGACGCUCAAGGGCUUCGACGCCCGCACGCCGCAGCACCCGCAGCACCUAAGCCUGAGCGUGGGCGUCAGCAACGCGCCCGUGCCGCCCCAGACGCCCAGCGACGUGAGCAUGUACCAAGGCGGCGCGCUGGGCCCUCCCGCGCCCUACUGCGUGGAGGGCGAGGGCGACCCUUGGGCCGGCGCCAUGGGCAGCGCCUUCCACCCCGGCGCCGCGCACAGCCAGUACAUGCACUACCCGAGCUUGCCCUACCAGUGCCUGUGAUGCCCCGGCGCCACGCCCUUCCUCCGCAGUGCCUGUGAGUCUCCCGCCGCCGCCCGACGCCCUGGCGGGAGGCGCAUCAAGAAAAACAGAAAUGAAAGGUCUUUGAGGUGUGUUGGCGAGCGGUUCUACCCCCUCUCUUCCUCGGCCAAGAGCCGAGCCUCCGGACGAGAUUCAGCUCUUCCAAGUUGCUUCUCGACGAAAGCAAACCCGAUCCACAGAUCUUGCUUCGGAGAGCAUUCGGAGGAAGAGAGCCUUGGCCGAAGCAGUCACAGUCACAAGGUCUCGCUCAAAGCACCGUAAUCCCUUGGGAGUUACCCCCCUCCCCCACCCACCGCCCUUGGUAACACAUGCUAGUCACCGAGUUCCUGUUACAUGUUCUUGGAUUUUCUGUAAUUGGUUCUUAUUUUUCCUCUUGGUCCCGUGUUUUGUUUGCUUGUUUUUGCUGUUUGACGAUAUUUAACGAUGUUAUGAUCACUUAACACAUCACUUUCUUUUUUUAACAGUUGCAUUUUUGUUGUUUGCGAAGCACUAAUGCCUUUUUAUUUUUAAUUACGAAUUAAUGAUAAUUUAACACGAACGCCUCCUGUGGUCUUAUCACGGAGACACGUGUUACCUGCGAAUAAUCUACUUACGCAAAUUAGUUAAUUAGUUGAAAGGCGCACCUUCGCCUCAGCCCCUUGAUAAACAGGUCACACCUUCCAUAGCACUGUGAAAACCCCAAAUACAGUGUUACGGAAUUAGCCUUAGAGAAACAGUGAUAAACCUAAGUGUGUGUCGCACUUAAUCAUAGGAGUCCACGCUAUAGAUUUUCAAGAGGAACGCAAUCCCACUUGCCUUCCGAGUCCCAUGAACCGAGUCACAAAAUGAUACUAUUUUAGGGAGUCUAUUUAUUAUUAAACACAUCAGGAGUAUAACUGCCUUUGCCUUGUCGAGUGAUAUCAGUGUGUCGAAUGUGUGCAGCGAGGAUGUUGUUAGAUGUGUGGAUGUGUUGUUGAGAGUGAGAUUGUAAAGCGAGCGGCCACUAGUCUGUACCGAACCUAUGAUCUCUUGCUUGGCCGCUCUGUACAUAAUGUAUAUCUA